CAUUGGUUACAUCAUUCUCGGCCCGAUAAGAUUGUUUUCUUGGAUUGGCUAAUAGCGUUCCUUCCCGCCUGGCUCUUCUUCGUCACAAGCUGACGAUUGGUUAAUCGCGUUGCCAAGCUCUAGACGCGGCUCGACCAUUGGAGGCCGCAGGCCCGCCCCCGUCGGCUAGGUGAAGGUGAGAGUCUCCUCCAGUCGCAGCGGCCAGACCUGACCGGCCAGCUCCGGGCGCGGGGUGAAACCAUUCGAUUCCUGCUCUCUCGAUAUGGCGCCUCCGUCAGUCUUUGCCGAGGUUCCGCAGGCCCAGCCUGUCCUGGUCUUCAAGCUCACUGCCGACUUCCGAGAGGAUCCGGACCCCCGCAAGGUCAACCUGGGAGUGGGAGCGUAUCGCACGGAUGACUGCCAUCCCUGGGUUUUGCCAGUAGUGAAGAAAGUGGAGCAGAAGAUUGCUAAUGACCAUAGCCUAAACCACGAGUAUCUGCCAAUCUUGGGCCUGGCCGAGUUCCGGAGCUGUGCUUCUCGUCUUGCCCUUGGGGAUGACAGCCCAGCUCUCAAGGAGAAGCGGGUAGGAGGUGUGCAGUCUUUGGGGGGAACGGGUGCACUUCGAAUUGGGGCUGAUUUCUUAGCGCGCUGGUACAAUGGAACAAACAAUAAGAACACACCCGUCUAUGUGUCCUCACCAACCUGGGAGAAUCACAAUGCUGUAUUUUCUGCUGCUGGUUUUAAAGACAUUCGGUCCUAUCGCUACUGGGAUGCAGAGAAGAGAGGACUGGACCUCCAGGGCUUCCUGAAUGAUCUGGAGAACGCUCCUGAAUUCUCCAUCGUUGUCCUUCACGCCUGUGCGCACAACCCAACUGGGACUGACCCAACUCCGGAGCAGUGGAAGCAGAUUGCUUCUGUCAUGAAGCACCGGUUUCUGUUCCCCUUCUUUGACUCAGCCUAUCAGGGCUUUGCAUCUGGAAACCUAGAGAGAGAUGCCUGGGCCAUUCGCUAUUUUGUGUCUGAAGGCUUCGAGUUCUUCUGUGCCCAGUCCUUCUCCAAGAACUUCGGGCUCUACAAUGAGAGAGUCGGGAAUCUGACUGUGGUUGGAAAAGAACCUGAGAGCAUCCUGCGAGUCCUUUCCCAGAUGGAGAAGAUUGUGCGGAUUACUUGGUCCAAUCCCCCCGCCCAGGGAGCACGAAUCGUGGCCGACACCCUCUCUAACCCUGAGCUCUUUGAGGAAUGGAAAGGUAAUGUGAAGACAAUGGCUGACCGGAUUCUGACCAUGAGAUCUGAACUCAGGGCACGACUAGAAGCCCUCAAAACCCCUGGGACCUGGAACCACAUCACUGAUCAAAUUGGAAUGUUCAGCUUCACCGGGUUGAACCGGGAAAGAAGGAAAGCUGUACUUGUCAUACAAUUGCUGAGCCUCCACUGCUUUAAGGAUCCCCUCUGCUCUGAUUGUGUCUCCUUUUGGUUUUCAACAGCCAAGCAGGUUGAGUAUCUGAUCAAUGAAAAGCACAUCUACCUGCUGCCAAGUGGUCGAAUCAACGUGAGUGGCUUAACCACCAAAAAUCUAGAUUAUGUGGCUACCUCCAUCCAUGAAGCCGUCACCAAAAUCCAGUGAAGAAACACCACCCGUCCAGUACCACCAAAGUAGUUCUCUGUCAUGCGUGUUCCCUGCCUGCACAAACCUACAUGUACAUAUCAUGGAUUAGAGACACUUGCAGGACUGAAAGGCUGCUCUGGUGAGGCGGCCUCUGUUUAAACCGUCCCCACGUGAAGAGAACAUCCCUUGAGACGAAUUUGGAGACUGGGAUUAGAGCCUUGGGAGGUCAAAGCAAAUUAAAAUUUUUAUUUAAGAAUAAAAGAGUACUUUGAUCAUGAGACAUAGGUAUCUUGUCCCCCUGGCUAAAAGGCAGGAGUGUUGCGUGUGGCAACCAUGUGCUUCUGUGUGGUGUUUGACUCUAUACAAAGUCUAGUCCCAAAGAUCAAGUUGUCUGAAGGAGCCAAAGUGUGAAUGUGGGUGUCGGCUGUGGCAUUAAACUCAUCAUCUCAACCCGGAGUGUCUGGUCUCCCUGCUCUUUCUGCAUGGUUGUGUCCCUAGUCCUAAGCUUUGGUUCUUUAGGGCGACUGUGUUAAGAAGGAUAUUUAAUCAUGACACACACAUAUUUAACUGAAACAGAAGUUUGACCAAACAGUAUUCACUCGUGAUGUGUGUAGUGCGUUCUAUUUUUGAGCCAUUCUACUGUGUUCUACUUCACCUAAAAAAGUAAAAUAAAAAUGUUGAUCAAGA